GUGGUUGCGGUCAUACGUGAAUGGCGCUCUAUGGCGAGUACACAAAUUCAACAUCAGAAAUUCGGUUUAGUGUCUCCUCCUGGUGUCGUCCAGAUAUAAACCGUAUACCGCUGGAUUAACCAGUGUGCAAGAUGUCACCCAAAUAUACACACGCAAUCGUUGCCAGAAUCUCCAAUGCCUUGCUCGAAACGGGCGACUUUGAUGUACAAUUGGCGAAGCAACAACACGAACAAUAUUGCACUCUAUUGCGUGAAAUUGGCUUGGAUGUGAUCGAGCUGCCGCCGGAUGAUGCACUGCCCGAAGGCGUUUUCGUUGAGAGCAGCGCCGUGGUCUGCAAUGGAGUUGCGCUUAUUGGCAGAUCGGAAAAUCCGAAACGCCGCCGCGAAGCGGAGAGCAUGGCCAUCAUUUUGAAGAAGGAGCUGGAUAUACCGGUUAUCGAGAUCGAUGAUCCUCAUGCCCAAUUGGAUGGCGGCGAUGUGCUCUUUACGGGGCGAGAGUUUUUCAUUGGCAUUUCUAGUUUCACAAACGAGGAGGGCGCCCGCGCAGUUGCCAUGGCAUAUCCCGAAUAUCCAGUGACUCCUAUAAGAGUGAAUGGUUGCAAGCGCUUAAAGUACUAUGUCACCAUGGCUGGGCCGGAUGUGCUGUGUGUGAGCACAAGUGCCACCUGCCAGGAGAUUGUGAAGCGCAUGGAGCGAGAGGCGAGCUUCACCUAUCAGAAGCUCACGUUGCCCGAGGAGAGUGCGGCAAAUAUGUUGUAUAUCAAUGGCACAAUUGUGCACAGAUCACCCGCUGAGAUUCCAGAAGCCUACAAGACUUUAAAAGAGAAAAUCGACAUUCCAACACGUAACAUAAACAUUAGCGAAUUUAGCCAAUUUUCCAGUGGAUUGACCUCAGCGUGUCUUUUGCUGCGACGCUGGAAGUCCAUACGCAGCAUUUAAAUAUGCGAAUCGUCGCACCGAUCCCACAUCCAACUAUCUAUCUAUAUAAAUUGAAUAAUGUUAUUUUGUAUCUAAAGCGAACAAAACACGCACAAGCGCUAGUUUUCAUUGUUAAUGGCGCAGCAAUAUCAAUAUGUCAACUAAUUAGUAAUAUAUCAUAAAUAUUUGUAUUUAGCUUGCAUCUAUUGCAACAUUUUUAAACCGUUAUUUGUUAAACUUUAAGUAAUAUAAUGUUAAAGUAUUUAUACAUACACACAAACCUAACACAAACACACACACACACUGACACAGCCUUCGCACACAUUCGUCUAAACCUUGUUUUACAUUUAAAUAGUUAUUUAAUUUAUGACAAUAUACAAAAAAAAAAAACAACAAAAUAUCAUAUAAAUUACAUAUUUUAUCAUUGGACUCUAAGUUGUGCGACUCCGUUGUCUAGCUAACGAAUUACCUACGAAUUGUAUCUACUUUACAAGUAGCUGUUAAAUGUGUUCACUGUACCGUAAAAUAUAAAUAAACGCUAAACAUUUGUAAUUUCUUUA